AAUAAAUGCUAGGAAUAUUACUUUUUGGAUUGAUGUAAGAGAUUAUUCUAGGUUCGAAUAUCUUUUAUUAUAAUGAUCCUGGGAAUGAUAUAAGUAAACCAAGAACACAUGCAAGAAUUUCUUAGUUUAGUAUAUAUAAUGGUGAUCUUAGACACAAUAAUUGAUUUUUAUUUUGAGUUUAGUUAAGAUUCGCAAGAAGUGACAAUGAUGAUAGAGAUAGAUAAGAUAAGUUACUUUUCAUUAGGUUAAGGAUAGUCAAUGAAAGAUGCUGAUCUUUGGGUAUUUGAGAUAGAUAGCAAUAUGAUAAUUGGGAAUGAUUGUUAUAGUUCAGAUAGAAAAAAGCCACCAACAGAUGCUAGUUUGGGUGGUAGAAAUGAUAUAGAGAUUUUGGGUUUUUAUUACAAUUAGGAAGGGAAGAGUGGAGUAAAAUUCAAAAGGAAAUCAAUAACAGGUAUAUGAAAGUAAUUUAUAUAUUAAAGGAGACAAAUAUGAUAAAGACUUGUUGUAAUAAAAAGGUGUUGAUAUGAUUUGGGCACAUGGUAAAAAUAAUAAGAGUUUGAAAGUAGAAAAGCAUGGUAAAGAUACUUAUGGUUAAGUGAAAAUUGAUAUGAUUGAUAAAGGAGGAGAUGUUGAUGUGGAUAUAGAAGAAGAAAAUAAAUAUUUUAAAUUGCAUAAAUGGACAAACUUUAUUUGUUGGGGUGUGGCUAGUGAUUUAGCUAUAAUAAUAGGUAGAUAUUAUAAAACUUGGAUAUAUAGAACAUAUAUACAUGGAUUAUUAUUUAUUUUAAUAAUAUCAAGUUGUUUAACAACAGCUAUUUUGAUGUUAAAUGUUGAUUGGGAAAUUUUAUUAUGGAAAAACUUUAAAAAGGAGUCAGUACAAAAUGAAUUCCAUAUAGUAUUUUUUAUGAUUUUAGCAAUUUGUAUGAUUGUUUAAUGUAUAGGUGGUAUCUUAUAUUAUAACAUGUUAACAUCUUAUAAAAGAAACUAAAAAGUAUCAGUAAAACCAUCAUACCAUGCAAUUUUUGGAAAUGCUGUUUAUGUAAUAGGGAAAUUGCAAAUAAUAGCUGGAUUAUUUAUGGAUAAUGAUAUUAGUAUUAUGCUUAUUCUUGGAUUAGUUUUAACUAUUCGUUUCAUAUUAGAAGUUCUAUAUCAAAAAGGAUCACUUAAAGUGAUGACUAAUGGAAAUUCUAGCAGUUCUUAUUUUAAGAAACAAUAAGUUAUACCAUCUUAAGAACCUUUAAUCAAUAAAAUUAAUGCAAGUAAUUUAGAAGUAAUAGAAUAAUGGAAUUUUGAUAAAUUGUGGUGUAUUUAUCAUAAUCAAAUUAUUGAUUUAUCAUAAAUGAUUCAUCCAGCUGGUAAUUACAUCUGGAAAUUAAUAGAAGGUUAAGAUAUUACUAAAUAUGUACUUGGUGCUUAUCCUGUUCCUUAACUUACUCUUAAACCUUAUCAUCAUAGUAGUUAUGCAUUAAAGGCUUUAUUAAAAUAUAAAACUGGUGUUUAUAUCAAUUAAGAUCUAGAAUUAUUCUAUGAUAUCAAUACUAAUAGAUCAAUUAAAAAAUUAAAAGCUAUCUGGACAGUUACUAGUGUUAAUCCAUAUACUUUUUUAAUUGCUAAAUUUGGAUUUACAAAUUAAUAAUUUUAAUUAAAAAAUGAUUUAAAUGGAUUAGAAACAUUUGGUUCAUAUUUUAUUAUUAAAUCUGAUGAUAAUAAUGAUAUUCAUUAAAGAUAAUAUACUAUGGUGUUAAGUAUGACUAAUCAAAGAACUAAAUAUAGAAAAGAUUUACUUGAACUAUUUAGAAAGAUUAUUAAUUUAUAACCUCUUCAUAAAGAUUUACCAAAAUUAGAAGAAUUUGAUAAUGAAUUACCUUUAAUAAUCAAAAAAUAUGAAACAAAAAAUGGAUUUUCCAAUUUUAUUCAUUAAGAUAAUAGAUAAGGAUAAUAUAUUAUUGAAGGUCCAUUUGGAAAUUCUAUAUAAAUUGAGAAUAAUUCUCAUCUAAUUUUUAUUGCUGGAGGAACAGGAUUGUUUCCAUUCUUAGACAUUCUAGACUAUUAAUUGAGAGUUUCUUAUUUUGAUAUAGUUCAAAUGAAACUUGGAAAUGAAGCAUCUAAACUAAUAGAUUUAGGAAUCAAAGAUUUUAAAAAAUUUACAAUUACUAUGUUUUUAGCAGUAAAUUCAAUUGAUGAUCUGGUAAUUUAAGUAAUAAUAUAAUUUAGAUUGGAAGAGACAUUUAUUUUGCUUUACUUUCCCUUCAAUAAUACUUGAAUACUCCAAAUUUUAAAUUGAUUAUUAAAGGAAACUUUAAAUUAAAGGAAUGUCCAAUUAUUGGAACCAGAUUUACUCAAUAGACAUUUAUGGAUCACAUAUCAGAUUUACAUUAAUCAGCAACAUAUUUUAUUUGUGGUCCACCAUAAAUGAAUUAAGAAACUGAAAUAAUACUAAGAUAGAUGGGUAUAAUGAAAAUAAUGGUAUUUUGAUAUUAGAU